CCUGCCAGGAAUAAUGGCUACUGAAGGCUGUGAAGAGGACCAAGAGACUGAAGAUUCAACAUUUGUAGAGGACUCGGAGCGAGUGUGGUGUGUGGGUGACCGGUGUCAGGCCCCCUGCUCCUACGAUGGACAGUACUACACCGCUGUUAUCCGGUCGGUCCACACGAGCCCCGCACAGUCGACCCCGCGUGUCACCGUCAAGUUCUGCGGGUUUGAGUCGGAUGAAAAUGAGGAAGUUCCCGUUGCAGAACUCAGGAAGCUGUCCAGGAGGGAGAAAACUAGAGCCUGUACACCUGAGAGAAAUGUGGAAGUUCCUGCUGGUGACACCAGUAUGUUUAGUCCCUUACAGGGAGACGAAACCAGGAAACAUCUGGGAGCAAAGUUUGCCAAGCUGGAGGAUUCAGAUGAGGACAUGACUUCCCCACCACCACCACCGCUGCCUGUCGGCCCUCAGAAGUACAAACCUCUGAAACUGGGCGGGAAGAGAAGAAGCAGGCCCGCAGGUGCAGUACAGGGCUCGACUGCCAGGGGGCAGGACAGUCCCCGCUACUCCUCCUCAAGUAGCUCGUCUCACCUGCCCAGCCCUAGAGAGAAUGAAAACAGAGCCGACAGCACCGGGAGAGGGGACCACAGCUUCAGAAUGGAAGGUUUCAGUGAUGAAGAUUAUGAGAAGCCGUUCUUCAGGAACCACUCUCAUGUGGGGAAGAAGGAGCCCUUUGUUCUCUCACCUGCAGGAGAAACACCUGUUGUACAG